AUGACCACACGCGUGCCACUGGUGCUGAUGGUUGUGUGGCUAGGCAGGGUGCUGGCCGUCCCAACAAACCCCAUCCCAGCCUUCCAACUUCCCUCAGAGAACGCUCCCCCGACCACUCCCUCUCCUGCCACCUCGAAGAGUCCCUCCAUGAUCACCAAGGGCCCCUCGAUUUCCUGGAAUCAUCCUGGUCCUGGCCCCCGCCUUGGCCCCCGCAUGACCCUCUCGCUGGAUGUCCCCCUGGGGCUCCUGCAGAUUUUACUGGAGCAAGCCCAGAGCCGGGCUGCCAGAGAGCGAGCGGCUGCCAAUGCCCGCAUUCUGGCCAGGGUUGGCCGCCGCUAA